UUUUUUUGGAUUUUUCGUUUUACAAACUCACAAAAUUAACAUUUUCUGAUAAAUGUAUAUAUAAUAUAAUGUGAAGUUUCGUAUAUAGUAUAUAUACCCAACAGGCCAACAGUUACUUACUCAGGCCCAUUAAUAUAUGAACAUCACAACGUUUAAGGCCCGUGCCUGUAUCCUUCUUCCUCUCCCUCGCCGUCGCUUCCCGCAUCCCUGAAUUUUCUCCGAUCAAGACCUCCAAUGGCGUCUUCGAUAGACGGACAAGGCCUACUUUUUGACACUUUCCCUCUGCAAGCUAGAGUUGAAUUUUCAAAAUUUUGAUCAUGCUCGCUGUGAAACAACAUGGCGCUUUUCAUUUCUCCAAAACCUACUAAGAGGGUGUUUGGCUAAGUUUUUUUUAACUUAUUAUCAGUUCCAUAUUUGAAAAUUGACCAUGCCCCAUACAUAAUAAAACCUUCGACUUCAACCACAGCGUUUAUACUUACGACUCCAUCGCGUCUGCUCCUCACGUCGACUCCUCCCCUGUGAAGCCAGCGGCCGGAGACCUUUGCAGCCCACAGCUACACCGUCGCACCCCACCCUGAGGACAUGGAUGCUCAGUGUGAAACCAUUGAAGCACGAUUGCAAUCUUUCCUUAGUCAAUUCCAGUCAGAGUUAGGUGUUCUUGAUAGAAUCAUCCACAAAAAUAAAAACCAGCAUCGCAGAAGCUCAUAUUUCCAGUACCUGUUGAAGGUGAGAAGAGAUUGCAAGCUUCUUCAAUCAACUAACUUGGAGGAAAUUGUUAACUCCUCCUUUCUUGUCAUCAAUGGGAAUCGACCUAAGCAAAAAGUUCAGCUCUUGGAAAGUUUAAAGAGAAGAAAAUGUGAAGGUGUCAAACAUAAUUUUCUGGUUCGGCUUCAGGGUGCUGCACGUUUACUUUCACAGAUGGUUGAGCCAAUGGUGAAGGCAGCUAUAGAGAUAUCUACUUUGCUUGCUCGAUCCUUUUUUAUGGGAUUCUCCAUGACUGUGUUGGCUAUACUUGCACGCCUUCGAGUUUUAACUCAGCAAAUAUUACUCGAUGUUGUUGUGGUCUUCAACAUGGUUUCUUCUCUCUCACAAAAGCAGCAGUCUGUGAGACUUAACCAAGAAGGAAUUGAGGUCUUUAGGGAAUAUUACCCGAAAACUGAGCAAGAAGUUGUGUUUUUGGAAUGUGUAUGGGAAACCGAUAAAUUUGUUUUAGUUGAGAGGAAGAGUGAAUUGGAUAACAAAAAUCCAGAGGCAACAAAUGUUGAUGUCAUAUGUAAAGAAGGUUUAUCAACAGUGGAAUAUCAAAGCAUUGAAACUAUUCUUGGAGCCCAAAAACCGAUGGAUAUAACAGCAGACAAUCCUUCUGAAGAAGAUCCUGCCACCAUUAAAGCGGACAAUCUUUCUUCAGUAGAGAAUCUUCUUACUCAUGAUUGCAUACAAGAUAACGAUCAAAAUGCUGAAAAAGAUCAUUCAGAGCCUUCAAGCAACAACAAAGAACAAGAACAGAUUACAAGUUUGAAUUUGUUGGAUAAUAAUUUAGAUUCUUUUAAACCUAAACCCGAAUUAAAGAAGAAAGUAGCUUUUGUAUCAGUGAAAAGACCUGAACCUCUGAAAACUAAUGACACCAUGGGGGUUCUGAUUAAGCCAAAUGAUGGGGUUAAUGCCAAUAGUGAGAAAGAAGACUUGUUCUUCAGUUUGCUCACUGGGGGGAGUUAGAAUUUAGAAAUAUGUUUUUUUUUUUUUUUUGACUUACUAUUAGCAUAUGUUUGAGAUAUUACUAUGAAGUUUUGUUUUGUUUAUUCACAGAAAGAAUGUAGUUUUAGUCAAAUUUUAUAUAUGAGAAUGUAUUUUUUAAAAUCAAA